GAUGCUGAGCCCUCUCCAGAAAUGCGGUUCUGAAGGAUGCCUUUUAGACUGUGACUUUCUGCCCUGGCACCGGAGCGCCCUCCGCAAGCGGCAUUCGAGUUGUGAGGAGCCCGAGCCAGGGGAUGAACAUGAGGACCGGAACGAGGAAAAACCGCGCCCCCCAAGCAUCCGCUUAGAGGCUCCGGACUCUGACAACUGCAUCCAGCUCCCACUUCAGGACCCUGGAGGGGUGUGGCGAAGCCGCAGCGAGGGACGUCUGGACCAGAAUGAGCCACCCGCUCCAGGGGAAGCAGAAUUGGGGGACAAAUCAGGAAGUGGGUGGAGUUUGCCAUCUCCCAAAUCCCUGAGGAAGGAACGACAUCCAAGAGGGAGAGUGGCAGCAGCGAAAGAGCACUUGCGGAACCUUUUCGGAGGAUCAAAUAAAUCUCUGGGAUCCAGUGCGGAAUCUAGCUUGGGUUCAGAUUGUGACGGCAGCCAUCAUGCACGGCCAACACAAAAGCACUGCCGCAGGCGAAAUAAAAGAAACUUCUUAAGGUUAUGGAGCUCAGGAUGUCCUGAAAUCCAGUCACUAAGGCCAACUCCGGAGGAGGCCCAGAAAUGGGCUGAAUCACUGGAAAAACUAUUGCUUCAUCCAUAUGGUCAGCGUGCUUUUCAUGCUUUUCUGGAAUCAGAAUUCAGUGAGGAGAACCUGGACUUCUGGAUGGCAUGUGAAGACUACCGGAAGCUCCGAAGCUGCGACAAACUUCAGGACAAUGCCAGGAAAAUCUAUGACCAAUAUGUAACCAUCCAGGCCCCCAAAGAGGUCAACCUUGAUUCCCAGACCAGAGACAUCACCAACCGGAACAUUUUGCUCCCCACUCGUGGUUGCUUCGAACAGGCCCAGAGGCGUAUCUUUGGCCUGAUGGAGAAGGACUCUUACCCCCGAUUCAUCCGUUCCCCAGUUUAUCAAGCGCUGGUUCAGCCAAAUGGAGAGGAGCCCAACGGAGCCAUGUGAAACCCUCACCAGCCUAGGAAAGCUGCAAAGGGUCCCUUUCUCAGGCUCCUGCCAGGCCCUUUAGACUGUGCAAGAGAGACAGACUGCGGCCUGGUUCUCCAAAGCUCAUGACCAACGCUGGGCAGAUGAGCGACCUCAAUAUUUCCAAAGCAAAAGUAGCCUGCAGAAAGUUUGGAGCAGGCAGCUGUUUUGCGCAUUGAUGUUUUUUUUAUAAAAAUAGAAUCACUGACAAUGCAGUGGACAUUUGGAGCAUCUGGGAUCACAUGUUACAAACAUGGAAUACAGUGUUAUGCAUGUCGUUGAGCAUUCUAGGAUGCUUCCCUGCUGAGAGAAGGAAGGCGCUGCAGAAGGAAAAAAGCAAUCUUGUCAAGCCUCCAACAGGGAAGGAGCUCAGCCCUUUGCCCUGCUUCAGCCUUUGGUGUGGUGGUAUCAGGGUCUGUGCCGCUGGAAUUGAGAAUGCACGGAACUCACCUUAGACAGCCACCUGGGAGUGUUUGUGCUGUGGCACCCUUUUCGAGAGUGAAAAGGAAUGUGUAACAUUGGUCCUUGUGAUUGGCAUGCAGCACAAAGGUUCUGAAUUGGCCAGGCCUGGUGUAAAUGCCAGCAGUCAAGUGUUCUGCCUUCUCCUGGUCAACAAAGCAGUGCCUUCAGCUUGCUGCAUGUUGGGUUCCAAGCCCUCCUGGUUGCAGCAACUCACCCUGAACUGGACAGUGCACCUACAACAGCUUUAUGUUUGGGUAGAGCUGCCCAAAGAUACAGCUUUGCCCUAAGAUGAACCCGGCGAAGGAUUAAACUUGGCUAGAGUUUAUUUUUGCAAAAUGUAGUUGCUCAUAGAAUAAUUCCCCCUGGUGAUUUUUGCUUUAUAUCUAGUUUGGAAACGUUAUUCGUUAAGCCACCAGGAGGUGCUGUGUGUCUACUGCUUAAGCUCAUCCUGGGCUUUGAAAGCAAUAGCAGUCAUGAGAAGGUCUGUCUCUCUCUAGUCUCUGUCUCCUUGUCUAUCUCUCUGGACAACUACGCAAGGUGCACAGCAAACAUGAAUUCUGCACGGGAACAUGUAGCGAUGUUUCCCGUGGAUGACAUUUAUGUGUAUACAAAGAGUCCCUUAA